UGUAUCAUGUGCCGCAGAGGGGGGAGGAGAGAAAUUGUGUGAGCACCUGAGGCUGCAGACUGGCCCCACAGGGAAGGACGGCUGGUGCUGUGGGGCGCUGGGAGUUGUGGCAGUGCCUGCAGGGGGUGGAGACAAGGCAGCAGGCCCCCCAUUAGCACCAUGCUCCUGGGGAUCCUCGUGGUGCUCUGCUUCAUCCCCACUGCUGAUGUAACAGAAAACAAGAUUUUAGUGGCUCAGCAUCCUUUGCUCAUUGUAGCUAACCAAACUGCAACUCUAGUUUGCAACUACACAUACAAUGGAACAGGGAAAGAAUUUCGAGCUUCUCUACACAAAGGAACGGACAGUUCAGUUGAAGUUUGCUUUAUCUCAUGGAACACAACCAAAAUUAGCAGCAAUUCAAAUAAAGAAUUCAACUGCCAGGGGUAUCAUGAUAAAGACAAAGUCAUCUUCAGUCUUUGGAACAUGAAUGCCAACCAAACUGACAUCUACUUCUGCAAAAUUGAGGUUAUGUAUCCACCCCCAUAUGUCUACAAUGAGAAGAGCAACGGGACUGUCAUUCAUGUGAAAGAGACACCCACCCAAAUACAAGAGCCUCAGUCUGCAAUUCCUUUGUGGAUUCUGGCAAUAGUGACUGGAAUUCUUGCACUCUACAGUAUGCUAAUAACUGCAGUGCUUAUUAACUACUGGUGUCAAAUGAACAUCGGAUCUGCAGUCAUCACAUCUGAACAGCAAUCAACAUAUGUUGCAAGGGGUCAACCAAGGGUUGUGCAGCUCCUGUAUGCUGAUUCCUGUUCUGCACGUCUCCAGCACAGCACAAUACAACAGCCUGGCUAUUCUUUGCUUCCAGGAACCAAAGCCCUAGAAGACAAAUGCCGAGGAGGUAGCCUGUGUUAUCUCUGCAGUGUCUUGAACCUUCCCCAUUGGGGUGGUCAGGCUUACUAAAGCCAAAAGUCUUGGACAUUCCUUCAAGUCUGAAUAUUCCAAAUUCUAAUAUCAUCCUCCUGUAUAACAUUUUUUCCAAAACGCCUCUUUUUUCUCCUGUAGCUAUAAAUGUGAACCCUGCAUCUCUGCCAAACAAUAUCAUAUCUUCCUUCUUUGUGCAUCAUCUUUUCCCUUUCAUUUCUAUUCCAGACUCAGCAGUUCAGGAACCCAUCCUAUUUGUUAAUCUCUAACACCUUUGUGCAGCCUUCCACAUGUACUCCUGUCUGACUGGUUACUUGCUUCACAAAGACCAUCUUGUAUGCCACAUUCCUCCUCAGCUAGGGGUAUGGAGUUGCCAUAGGAGACUGAAGCCAUGGGGUGAUUGGAUGGGUACAUGUUUUCUGUUUGAAGGAUUUGGGGGUCUUUCAUACCUUUGAUUUUUCCCAUCAUCUUCAAAUUUUCAGUUGUGCCAAACAGCCACGUGGGGAUCCCACAGACCACAUGCUUCCCAGAAUGCAUUUAAUUUCUGUACAUUUCAUUUCCUGUGCAUAGCAGGUUCUUGGCUAUUGCCAAGUUCAUUAUGCAUGCAGACAUGCUCUGACAGCACAAGCAACUUUGGCUACUGAUGGUAUGUUUGACUAAUAAAAACGCGGUACAAAAAUCUCGAGUUUGAAGAGCACACAGGCGAAGUCCUCAGUGCGAAAGAUCAAAUCUUUCCACUUUCAGCAAGGGUUUUGCUUUGUGACUGGAAAAUGCGUUGUACAAGAUGAAUCACAGGCUAAGACAUCAUUUUGUUAGUCACUCAUACUAACCAGAAAACAGGCUAGGGUGAUUAGAACGGGAUCAGCAUUGUUAAGGUCCAGUAAAGACUGGGAAAGGCUGAAAACAGCACUAGGUUGUUUUGUAGCCAAAGUCAGUGCCUUUAAGUGACUGUGAGAGGGAAACUAGCUGCUUAAGUUGAUGCAAAUGGACUGUUCUUCACAAUUAGGUGCUUUUGUUAGAGCAUCAUGUUACAAUAUGUUACAAUUCCAGCCUCAAGGGCAUGCAGAUAGUAUGAUGUGGCAAAUUUGGCUGAAAAAUGUAUUAGGAGGCUGCCAAUUCCAUAUUAACCCAUUUGCAAAGAAACAAAAAGUUGAAUGAUCUCAAAUUCAUGGUGGGUUUUUUGUUUGUUUUCUUUUUUCUUUUUCUUACUGGAUCUUCAGGAUCAAGGCACUGGUUCUUAUUUCCUGCUCCUCUUGCUGUUGUUGUUUUAUUAAGAAUUAAAUACAACUUUAGAUUACAUAAACUUACCAGGAGCUCUUCAGUUUCAUUCAUCUGACCAUUGAAAUUAUGAGGAGUUUUCAAAUGCCACAGUUUUCAUAGCCAUUGUAUCAUUAGCUGGCUACAUCAUUCCUUUUCCUCAUUGUCUUCUUAUUCCUUCAAGGGAACUAUUCUGGAUUGAUUGAAAUGUUCUCAUGGGUUGAAACAAAUCUGGUUUUUCAAACAGGAAAGAUUACUACCUAACCAGCAAAAUCAAAGAUGCAAGUAAACAAUUCGUAAGAGUUCUGUGGAAAUUAACGUAGUAGUUUCAAUCUGAUAGAAGGAUCAAAUAGCCUUUUUAUAAUAUCCUCCUCUAAAAUAAAGAAGCUUAAGAAAUCAUAUACUAAAAUACCUUAAAAGACAAGAGAUCAGGCUGCGAAAUUAAGAAAUCAAAGGUGGGAAAUGCCAGAAGGAAGCUUUCCUAUCCAGCCUCCCUUCUGCCCCGCUGUGUGACCGGAGUGACUCUUUAACUAGACUGCAUUUCCCCCUGCUGAGCCGAGCCCAGGCUGAGCGGGGCGGUCCCGCUGUCUCGCAGCGCUGCAGGAAAGCUCCGGCUGGGGCCGGAGCAGGCGCGCAGCGGGCGACAGAUUCCGACAGCAGCUCAAGCUCUUGUCAUGGAGGGCUGCAGCAGGGCACAACUAGCAAGCAGGCUAGCUUAGAUAAUAGCUAAAUUAGUGCCCGACAGCCUCGUCAGUGCCCCACUAAAUUAGAUCACUCUGUCGUGAGUCAGAACGAACGAAUUUUUCUGCUAUGUUCGCUGCCUGUGACAGCCCUUGGGCUACUUUAAUCUUCAAACACCAGUGGUCAAGAUGAGAGCUGAUUUAUUUUUUUCCUUCAUGAAAAUGAUUAAGUAGAUUACUCACAUUUCUUCCUGGGUUUCUUAGCCUUCCACAGACAAAUCAAAACUGGCUGCAGAACGAAAAUUGUUUCUCUGCAUAGCUCAUCAGCUCCUGAUACUUAUGGACAGAAGCUGAAGUCCAGGGUGGAAUGACGCCUUCGAGAGCAUUAUGCCCUCCUUGUAGCUCUUUCUCUCAUUAGCUGAUUGUUGAAAUAAUGCUAAUGUUUUAUCUUAACAACAAAAAAGUAUGAGACUAUGAAGAUACAGAAUUGGACAGCAGGGGAAUAACCUCUGUCCCUCCUGCAGACACACAGUUGAUGCUACUUUAAAGCCCAGCCCUGUGAGGGAGCAAUUCAUCAGUAAGGAUGGGAGAAGCAAAAGGGGUUAAAGGAGAAAUCACUCUGAAACCUCUUCAGUGAAAUUCUGGAACAAUCCCUCAGGGAAUGGAAAUGAACAAACCAGCUGUAGGAUGUACUUCACAGCUCAGACUUUUGCCUCUCCCUAGCCAUGCACUAGAAAAACACCCUAGUCCUUCUUGCCUCAAGAACUACUUUUUACUGUUUGGCCACUCUGCAUUUUUGAGACAUAAGCUGCAUUGAUGGUGAAAGCCAGGUUAGGUCCUGUGUGUGGACUUGGGUGCACAGUCAACUCCCAAGAAACUCUUGAGAUGAAAGCACAAAAUAUGUUCAAAGGGCAAUGGGCAAACAAAUUGGCUGGAAAGGUAGGAUAGAUGAAUGGCUGUCUGCAGGAAAAGUGAAGUUACGCAACUCCAGAGCUUUCCUCUAGCAACUAGAGAAGCACAUUAGUUUGAGCAGCUGUAGUGGAUUUCCUCCAGUAAAACAGCUCUUGGAAAGAUGAAGUGAUUAUUUCAGGACAUUUAAUUCAAAAUAACCAUAUUAGGCAAAAAAAGAUUUUGAAAUACCCUUAUUUCUGCCUUUUCUGUACUAAAUGAUUGCUUACUUACAAAUCCUACACUUAACCUGUAGUAUGAGCUUUUUAAAAUCAAUGUUCCUUUGUUGUCCCUUUUUUUAAAAUUUUUUUUUAGUUGAAAUUUGUAUUAAGGUGUUUAUAUUGUAGUUAUGCAAUCUUAUUUCAAACCACUGAGGCAGAGGCAAAAUGAGGACCGGGGUAUAGGCAGGGGACAAAUAGACUGCAGCUUAGUCCAGUCCCAGCAUGGCAGUUCCCACCUACUGUAAAAAGACUUCAGGUACACAGUAGAGUUCAAAGAGUCCACAGAUUACAAGAGCAACCUGGUGAAGAAAUGUCAGUUAGAAAUGAGCAGCAGAAACCAGCUCUAUUUUCCUACUGCUGUGGCUUUGCUUGGUGACGAUGACAUACAAAGAUUAAGCCUAACUGCAUGAGUUCCAGUGGUUUAUCUCCUGUUUUAUCAUCGCCAGUAAGUGAAGGAGAUGUGUGGGUGUCACCUGCAAAAAAAAAAGAGGUUGCAUUUCUGAGAGAAAAACAUCUGCAGAUCCAAAAAGGCAAAUGGUCUUGUUUAAUUCAUGCAUAUCCAGUUUCCUUCCUGUCACUAAUCUGCAGCAAUGAAUUUAGUCUCCUGGAUUUCCUUAGCUUUAUUAUGCUGAGAGAGAGUGCAAGAGAAAGGGAGACAGAAAGACUUGAGCAAUAUUAAGCGCCCAGAAUGACUUCAAUCACUGAGGUCAUUUGUAAAUCACUAAGAUAGCCUGGCUCCCAGGGCAUGGAGUUUGAUUUUCCCUCCCCCACCUCCAAUCUGCUGAACUAUGGAGAUUUGCAACAAGAAAAGCUAUCUGCUGUGCAAUCAAUUUACAGAAUAACAUUUUGUUUGGUCUGCUAUUGAUGGAAGCUAGCAGAAACUGGAAGCCCUGGGUUCAUGACACAAGUGUUAGAAUCCAUGUAGAUGUGGUUUUUCUGCCCUUGCAAGUUUAUGUCUGUGACAGAAUGAACCUCUGCACACAGUUAACACUGCUUGCUGCAUACAUUGCACAGAAAUCACUACUUUAAAAAGAGGUUUAAAACAAAGGCAUCCCCUACAUUGGAUAUGGAGGGAAACUACACAUAUGGACAUGUAAACAACUGUACAAACACAGAUGCAAGCUUUGGUCUUUCCUCUCCAUUAUUAUGUAUGCAUGUAAAUAUAAAAUAAAAAAAACAAGCCAGUGAGCAUAUGUCUUGGAUUGCACAUCAAGCACAGUAUGCUCACUGCAUCUAAGGUAUCUCUAGAUUAAUAAUGUUUCACUUGGCUGACUUGUCUGGAUCAACUUACUAGCACUGAGAUAUAAGAAGUAUCAGAAAAAUUAUAAAUUCAGACUAUCUGUAUUUAGAAGUAAGACUUUCCUACACCUCCAAAUUUGCUGUUAUUUGCUUUAGCUCUGGACUGGAGAGAUAUUCAUAAGACUUUUAUCACUAAGCCCAGUGAGAGCACUGAUAAACAUCCCUUUUGAUGGCAGAUCAGAGAGUGGGUUCCCUGUGGCUCUCGUACAGCUAUUCUAAUUGUCAAAAGUGCAUGUUGUACUCUUUUUGUGCCCCCGCUACAGCUCAGGAAAACAAAGGUCUUGACUAACCCUUCUUGCCCAAAUCCAAAAUACAAUAUUCACCUUCCUCAUUAAAUAGACCUUUUUAUAAAAAUUAAACUCACUUGUUCUCGAUAGUUGCCAUAAUGAAUGCUUGGUCAAUAAAGAUUAACUCCUUGUUCUUGCAAACAACAAGUUCUUGUGCCCGUUUACUGAUGGAAGGAAUCCAACUGAUGUAUCAUUAGUUGUGUGAGGAAGUUGCACAUCUGUACAACUUGGUGUGGGAGUGUCUUCUUCCCUCAUAUAAAUGCUGGGUUACAGUGUGGGUCAACAAACUAAUGUUUAGCACUUUUGACUACUGAAGAGCAGAAGAAAAGAUCAGAACCAAAAAUCUGUGAAAUCAGAGGCACCAAUCAAUUCAGUGCUGCCUCUGUUGAAUGACACGAGCACUAGCAGCUGAGUAGCACUCUCAGAUCCCUUAGGACUGAGUUCAUGCUCUAAUCUCUCCAAGUUUAGCAUUUCAUAUGUGUAUAGAUUGCAAAGACACGGGAAAAUUCUAAAGGAUCCAAGACAGUGGGAAAAUACAGAGAAACAAAGGGUUUUACUUGCUAAAGUAAAGGUUUUGUGCUGACAACAGGAAACAAGAGACAGUGCAAAGGAUGUUGUGGCUGUUGGAAGGGCCGCCACUGUAGCUACUGUGCGUACCUGGGUGACUCAUCAUCACAGUGACACUGGCUUGCACUCUAAAGUCCCUCCUCUCCCAGCUGAAGCCAGCUGGCUCAUCCUGCCUGGCCUCUCCAUGUUUCAUCUCUGCUAGGUUAUCAUCUGGAAAGCACUUGGGCUGGCACUAGGUUGGACUAGAUACUGGAGUUGUGAAUAUACAUGUGACACAUGCAGGAGUGACACACCAGUCCUUGCUUGAGGAGAUGAGAAAUGGAAAAAGAAAGUGAAGGAGGAAGCAGAGGUGUGGUGCUUAUGCACAUGUACAAAACUCAGCAGUUGUUGAGGACAGAAAGUACAACUGCAACGUUUCUCACACUGCUUGUAAACUCCACCCACUGCACCCACCAUGGGUACAAGUGCAUCUUGUGGGGGACUCACUGCUCCACAGGAACUAGAGGUGCUAAUUAUUUCGUCACUUGUAAAGCUUCAGGAUUGGGAUAUUUUUUGUAAUGAGUUUUCCUAUGGUCACAGAGUUGACCAUCUCUCAUCGGCCUUCCAUAACUCAAGUUGUCCCUAGCACUAUGGACAGAGGAUGACACCCUUUGGUUAUCAGAUGAUAGGGCUGGAAAACAUGUUUCCAUGUAAAAAAGAGUGUCUGCUGCUGUGGGAGUAAAGUAGUAAAGCAGUAUGGCCGUACACUGUGAUAAUAGAGUAUGGCAAAUUGAAGGCAAACGAAAGUCAAAAGAUCUCUGUCAGAAUUUGUCUGUGCCACCAGGCUGACCCUUGUGAAGGUCAUCCAUCCCACUGCUCUUCAGGCAAGACUGGGAAUACACCACAUUACACAGCAAGAAGGCAAACGAAGGUGAUGAAUCUGACUUGGGAGCAGGAGCUUCAGACUGACUCACAGUUUUUAUUCCUCAAGAGGAUUGCCAGGGUAUUGACAAGCAUCCUUGGCAUACAUUCCCUCUUCAAACUGUGGAACUUGCUCUGCAUACAAAGGAUAAAUUAGUCGGCAAUUUAUUCUUGCACAGAUUGCAAUCAAAUUACUGUACAGCAAGAAUAAUGACUGAAGUCUAUUCCUUCAUCUUUUCCUGCAGACGCCCUGUAGCUCUGGGUAGCUGCUGUCCCUACACACUUGCUGGCCAAGAUCACCUGUGCUAAGAGGUCAUCAGAAGGACUUGGCAGAAGCAGUGUGAUGUAAAGACGACAGAGAGAAGUGGAUAAGUGAGCUUUGUGGCCAGCACUGCCUCUGAGCUUCUACUGGCACUUUCUAUGUAUCUUCGUUAUUGUG